CUUUAUAAUUCACUUUUAAUUAUGGAUCUUACAUCUUCUUAUAUUCAGGAUACUAAUAAUAAUAUACAUAAACAGACAUAUUUUCACUUAAACAGCAAUAAUAAUCAAAAUAAUUUAACAUUUAAUGAUGCAACAUCCAUGUCAACCCAUAGCAAUAAUGAGGAUUUACUUAAUUUUAUUAUUCAAGACAAUAAUUUACAAGGUCAUAAUGGAUCAAUCGUGAAUAUACCUCAGUUAAGUCCAGAUGUGAACAAUAGUAAUUUUACAGGAAGUAGUGCUCUAUCUAGCUACAAUCCUGAAUUUAGUAACAUGUCUCCAUUACAAAUUGCACAACAGCAAAAUAAUACUACAAUGAAUGUUUAUACUACCCCUUUACAACAUCCCAUAUCAUCAACUAAUUUUUCUCUAGAUGACUUUGUCGAUGAAGAUGAAUUUUUUACACCAUUAGUAUCUCCUGCUAUAGCACCUACAUAUAAUAAUUAUCAAGCAUUAUCAAAUAAUACUAAUCAUGAUACUAUGUCAACAUUUUCACCUUUAACAUCCCCCGCUUUAAAUCCUUUUUCUACAAUGGAGCAAUCGUCUAUUUUACAACAAAAACUCGCCUUUAUUGAAAGGCAACAGCAACAGCUUAAAAAUAUGCAUAAUCAGCUAAGAUCCUCACCUAUUUUAAACAGUAAUAAAAAUAAAUCACAACAAACAAAAGUGGUUGUUUCAACACCUUUUACAACUAGUCCGCAACCUACUAGUGAGAAAAUAGGUAGUAGUCCACUUGCGUUAAAACCAAUGACUCCUCGUACAACCUUUAUCAAUAAAUCUCAAUCAAAAACAAAUAAUAGCACAAAUAGCGGAUUUAUUGCACCAGCUACUCCCUCAUUAUUAAUGAAACUAGGUGGUGUAACAAACACUCAAGCCAGUACACAAGCCCCACUACCCGCUUCUAAUAAUUUAUCGUCAUCGUCGACAUCGUCGUCAUCAUCAUCAUCAUCAUCCACGACAGCUGUUGACCAUAUGCCUGUUUUACCUGCUGCCAUCCUACAGCCUCCUGUUAAAAGUAAAAAGCGUCGACGUCCAAUUGUUAAACAAUCACCAGGACUUUCUCCAGGAUUGUCACCAGGGCUAUCACCAAACAAAUCAUUACUGUCACCUCAUGCUUUACAGCCAUCACCUCGAGCCUUACAGCCUUCACCUCGAGCUCUUAAACCCCUUAUUUCACCAUCACUUCAACCUAAUGGUAAACGACUUUCGAGCAUUGAAGAAGAAGCAGCACGUGCCAUUCUGACAGCUAAAUCUAACUAUGAAAAUUUAAAAGAAGGGAGUGGUAAAGUCGUGAAGAGCUUAUUAGGCAUUGAUUUAUUUUCCCCUGCCUCAGCAACAACGAUUCAAUCAGGUCUUGAAACACGACGAUCUGCGCAUAAAGCAGCAGAGCAAAAGCGACGUGAUACUCUUAAGCAGAGCUUUGAUUCAUUACGUUCAGAAAUCAUGGAAGCCAUCCUGGCUAACGGUAGUGAAGAUGAUGAGGAAUUGCGUAGAGAAAAGGAAAAGGAUGUAAAACAGAUGAGUAAAGUUGUUUUAUUACAACAUGCAUAUGAAUAUAUUUUACGGUUAAAAAAGGAAAAUAGAGAAAAAGAUGAAAAAGAAAAGAAAAUGAAUGAGGAGUUAAGAAGGUUACGUCGACAGCUUGGGUUACCUGAAGAAACAGAAGAGGAGAAGAAAGAAAAAGCUGAAAAGGAACGAGAAGUGAAAAAACGUUGGUUAGAAGAAAAUAGUAAUAAAGAAGAAGAAGAAGAAGAAGAAGAAUGACACUCACUUAUUGUUUCCUAAUUUGUAAAUUUUAUUAUUA